ACAACUCUAGUGCGGCAAAUACAUAAAAAGAAACAAGUAAUUUUGUUUGUUUAUUUUUCAUUUCACAUUUCACAUAAAAUAUGAGCAACCUAGCAGCCCAAACUGGGAUACAGUGCACCGCAGGUGCAGUUCCCGUGCGGAAUGAGAAGGGCGAGAUUUCCAUGCAAAAGGUGAAGGUUCAACGUUAUAUAUCAGGGAAGCGACCCGAUUAUGCACGCGCCGAUUCCAGCAGCGAUUCUAGCGAUGACGAUGACUUUGUGGACAAUCGACGGCGCAUGGAGCGUCACAAGGCGGAACGUCACAAAGUUGAAUUGGCGCGACAGAGAGUGGGGCAGGGGCAGGGGGAGAAGACACUGGCAGAGGAGGAGGAUGAAGCGGAAGCGGAAGUGGAUGAUCCGCGCUUGCGACGCUUGCGUGCGCGUCCCAUUCAAAUGGAGGAUUUGGAGCGAGAGCGACGGGAACGACACAGACACAUCCAUGAGCCGGAAAUGCUGGAGAGUGCCAGCGAAGAAGAGGAAGAGGAGGAACCAUUUCUGGAGUCAUCCCGGGAGCAACAACAGCGUCUGGAACGGGCAACCAAUAAAAUAACACUCGCAUCCGAAUCCGAUACAGAUUCGGAGUUGAGUGAUACGGAAUUGGAAAAGCGACGUUUAAAGCUACGAGCACGCAUGUUGCAACAACAACGCGAGGAGGAAGUGCUGCAGAAGGAGGAUGAAAAACAAACAGAAUCAUCCGCAACGGAGAGCUCCGAGUAUGAGGAGGAGACGGAAAGCGAGGAGGAGAAUGAACCACGACUAAAGCCAUUGUUUGUACGCAAGCGAGAUCGUGCCACCAUCCAGGAGAAGGAGCGAGAGACCCAAAAACAGAAGCAACUCGAAGCCGAAGCCAAACGAGCGGCCAAGGAACGAAGACGCGCCACCUUGCGCCUGGUGGAGGAAAGUGUGAAGAAGGACCUGGAGAAAAUCAAGCCAGAGACUAACGAGGCGUCUAUCGACGAUGUCUGCACCGCCGACGAGAACGACGAGGUGGAGUACGAGGCGUGGAAACUGCGGGAACUCAAGCGCAUGAAGCGGGAUCGCGAGGAGCGGGACAAUGCUGAUCGUGAAAAAGUGGAAAUUGAACGGAUGCGCAAUCUGACCGAGGAGGAACGGCGUCAGGAAUUGCGCUCGAAUCCGAAGCUUGUCACCAACAAGGCAACCAAAGGCAAAUAUAAAUUCCUGCAGAAAUACUAUCAUCGUGGUGCCUUCUAUCUGGACGAAGAGAACGAUGUGCUGAAGCGAGAUUUUGCUCAAGCCACGCUCGAGGAUCACUUCGACAAGACCAUUCUGCCCAAAGUGAUGCAGGUGAAGAACUUUGGACGCUGCGGUCGCACCAAAUACACGCAUCUAGUCGAUCAGGAUACAACCAAAUUCGAUUCACCCUGGUAUGCCGAAACGUCCAACAACAUGAAGUUUCAUAAUGAACAUGCUGGCGGGAUGCGACAACAAUUUGACAAACCAACAGCUUCCAAACGAAAAAAGUUGGAAUAGAAAUUAACAAAAAAAAA